AUGUUGGGUUUCUUAGCUCUCUCCCUUCUUACAGUGGCGUUUGCCAAUGAAGGUAUAGUUUCCAGUAAAAAAGGCUUGAUAUUACCCCUCGCUUUUUUGGUGAUUAAGUAAACUGAAGUAUCCUGAUCUCGUCCAGUCUUCGAACUCACGAAAUACACACUCCAGAUCUCUUUAGAAAGAAGUUAUGGACACUAAGGAGAGGCUUAGAAAUUUUCAGAAUUCCAAGAAAAACGUAGAUAUAAUGCCAAGAUAAUAUCACAGAACAGGUAAUAAGGAACGUGGACGGGCUCAACUUAAGAGAAGGAACUUUUAACGGACACAUUCGCAGUAAAUUUUGACAUGUUCAGUCUUUAUCUCAGUUUCCCUGCUAGGAAUUCAAAAUUUCACUUACAAUGCACGAGAAUUAUCGUUGUAUGUCGUGGCCGUAAGUUAUCAAUCAGAAAAUGUAGUUUUUCUCCUAAUUUAAACAAAGAUGAAAAAAGCUCAAUCUUGGACACAUUAACCAAGCCCCUUAGUAAUGGUCUCUAUUUUUGUCACAGCGGAAAAGACAGUUUGCGAACAUAAGCAAAUGACAAUUGACUGCGGAGGGUUAGACAUCAAUAUAUUGAGCGCAUCCUAUGGCCGCACCCAACAAGAUGUCUGUGAUCGAGGGGGAAGCACAAACUGUCAUGCUGAUAGCUCCAUGAGCGUCGCUAGAAACGAAUGUCAAGGACAGACAAGGUGUACUUUGGACGCGAAGAACGAAGCGUUUGGUGACCCCUGUGUUGGAACCUUCAAACAUCUAACGGUGAGUUCACCUUGAAGAAGGACAACUAAGACUUAGAUUAUAAAUAUUCGCUCCUGUUCUUAUGUUGCAAAUAAUAGCCAAUAUAAUUUUCACAUGUGAAAUUCAAACGAUAUGGAUCACUUCAAUACUUGCUUCUAGAGAUUAAUGUUAUUUCCGUUUGGCAACUGUAAAAUUGUUCACUUCAUGGUAACUUUGAUCGAAGUGACCUAAUUAGCGUGAUCAUUGAUUGGUUACCAGCCAGCCAAUCGCAACUCAACCACGAGCAGUUUCCGAAUAAUCGUUUAAGGACAUUGAUCUUUAUCCAGAUCUUUUACUGAAAUCAAACUCGUACUGUUUGGGUAAAAUUUGUAAAAAUAACAUGUCCCUAUUUCAAUACAUAGGUGAAGUACGAAUGUGUGGAAAAAACUGUUCUCGUUCGCAUCUGCGAAGGAAAGUCACAGCAGAUUUCGUGCCCCGCUUCGAAGAAAAUCGAUAUCUUGUCGGCGAACUACGGUCGUUUAACUGGUCGGCAUCUUUGUCCGGGACCAGUUAAAACCACAAACUGUGGAGCCGCAGGAUCGAUUGAUAUAGUGAGGAACAAGUGCCAGGGAAAGCAAAGCUGCUUUCUGCAGGCAACAAACGGCCAGUUUGGCGAUCCUUGCCGUGGGACAAAGAAGUAUUUGGAGGUGAUUAUGGGUCAGAUCCUUUACCAAAAUCAAACUCGUUCUGUUUCGGUAAAAUUUGUAAAAAUAACAUGUUCCUAUUUCAAUACGUAGGUGAAGUACGAAUGUGUGGAAAAAACUGUUCUAGCGCGAAUCUGCGAAGGAAGGUUUCAACAAAUUUCGUGCCCCGCUUCGAAGAAAAUCGAUAUCAUGUCGGCGAACUACGGUCGUUUAACUGGUGGGAAUCUUUGUCCGGGACCAGUUAAAACCACAGACUGUAGAGCCGCAGGGUCGAUUGAUAUAGUGAGGAACAAGUGCCAGGGAAAGCAAAGCUGCUUUUUGCAGGCAACAAACAGCCAGUUUGGCGAUCCUUGCCGUGGGACAAGGAAGUAUUUGGAGGUGAUUAUGGGUCAGAUCUUUUACCAAAAUCAAACUCGUUCUGUUUCGGUAAAAUUUGUAAAAAUAACAUGUUCCUAUUUCAAUACAUAGGUGAAGUACGAAUGUGUGGAAAAAACUGUUCUCGCGCACAUCUGCGAAGGAAGGUCACAGCAGAUUUCGUGCCCUGCUCCGAAGGAAAUCGAUGUCAUGUCGGCGAACUACGGUCGUUUAACUGGUCGGCAUCUUUGUCCGGGACCAGUUAAAACCACAGACUGUAGAGCCGCAGGGUCGAUUGAUAUAGUGAGCAACAAGUGCCAGGGAAAGCAAAGCUGCUUUUUGCAGGCAACAAACAGCCAGUUUGGCGAUCCUUGCGGUGGGACAAGGAAGUAUUUGGAGGUGAUUAUGGUUUAGAUCUUUUACCAAAAUCAAACUCGUUGUUUCGGUAAAAUUUGUAAAAAUAACAUGUUCCUAUUUCGUUACAUAGGUGAAGUACGAAUGUGUGGAAAAAACUGUACUCGUGCACAUCUGCGAAGGAAGGUCACAGCUGAUUUCGUGCCCCGCUCCGAAGAAAAUCGAUAUCAUGUCGGCGAACUACGGUCGUUUAACUGGUCGGCAUCUUUGUCCGGGACCAGUUAAAACCACAAACUGUGGAGCCGCGGGGUCGAUUGAUAUAGUGAAGAGCAAGUGCCAGGGAAGGCAAAGCUGCUUUUUGCAGGCAACAAACGGCCAGUUUGGCGAUCCUUGCGUUGGGACAAGGAAGUAUUUGGAGGUGAUUAUGGUUCACUGUGUUAUUUUAGAUAUUAUCAGUCCUCACCAAACAAAACUUUGAUCUAAAAAUUACCAGGGGCGUAUCUUUUCAUGGAAAGUGAAUGAUUGAUCAAAAAACACACUAGCAUGCCCUUAAAUGCUAGACUGGACAGUUUUGAACUACGACAACAUCACAUUCCCCCUCUCCAUUUUACACCAUGAAAAUUGCCAGAGAUCACCAUUUGAAUUAAAGAAACUACAAUGUUGGGUGAAUUGUAUCGAACACUGAUACAAACAUCCUAUUUAGACUUCAAACCUACUUAACUGGCGUGGGUUCUUCUAUUCUCCUUUCAAUGAUGGAUUUUACUAAAAUACGAACUCCUGGUACCUGAAGCUGUAUUGUCAAAUUUACGCUUUGUAAAAAAUUCCCAACCGUGGUAACCAAGGUUGUAACUCAUUCAUUGCGAGGAAAAUUUCAUUAUGAACAAUUGGUCUUCAAAAAACCUACACAAGGCGAGACUUACAAUUGCACAACAACCUUGAACUUAAGCAAAAAGCUAAACAGACUAAAGCAUGAACAAACCUGGAGGACAUAUAAAAGAAACUAACUUGCAAUUAAUCGUAUCGUUUCACAGAUCAAAUACAGAUGUGACUGGUAA